GCGUAUUACCUUUAAUUUCAUUUCUUUGAUUUAGAUGUAGAAACACAGCAUGCUCUAUUAAAUUUUCCCACCGAUAAGAAGCAACAAUUGAUGACUUAUUUGCCUUUGAAUUUGAGAUCAGAUCUUGUUUUUUCAUUCAUCGAUGAAGAAUCAUUUUGGAAAAGAAAGUGCGAAGAGAAAGGAUGGAGUUACGUUGAUUUUUGGUUAUCUUGCUGUAAUUGGAAGAGCACGUUUGCUUCGCACUUAGUACAAGAUGCACUGGAUGAUUUUAUUUUGAAAAAAAUCCAAUACGAAGACUUGGAAGUCCUUAUUUUUCCAUUCAGAAAUUAUCUACUCAAAUUAACUAUCAAUGGUUUUAAAUUUAAUGUGAUAAACGAAAAAAACCAUGACGAAAACUUAAUAAAUGAUAGUCUAUUAUUAGUAGGUAACGUGUCUAAGAUAUUACCAAUGUUUACAAACUUGGAAGAAAUUUUAUUGUUCAACUUUCCUGUUAUAAUUAGUGAUUGCUCAAUUAAUAAAAGAAACUCAAGCAUUUUCGAAGGGUUUUGCAAGGGCUUUUUAAGUUUCGCCAAACUUCGCCAAGUGACGAUAGUUGGAAUGUGUUUAAAUGCAAAAUAUAUAUCUUGUUUAAUUGACAAUUUGGUAUUAAUAGAUACUAUUGAAGAAUUAGAUUUAUCUUGCUGCAUGAUUUCUGCAGAAUCAUGGAACACAAUCGGAAAAUUAUCAGAAAUGUCAAAUCUUCGAAAACUUAAAUUGAGAAAAAAUUACCUUGCAAAUGACAGUAUUACAGAUUUGUGUAAAAUUUUAACAAAGUCUAAAACCUUGAGUAGUUUUGAUGUAAGUGGCAAUCUCAUUGGCGAUGCAGGAAUUUCAAGUAUCUGUGAAAGUUUGUUGUCAAACCAUAUGUUAAGUGAGUUAGACAUAUCGUACAACAGUUUAACAUCAAAUAGUGGUUGUUUCCUUAGAAAUGUAAUUGAUCGCAACAGAGUCCUGAAGUCCUUGAAUAUAAGUGGAAAUAAUUUGGGAGAGGAAACUGGAAAAGAGAUAUCCAAGAAGAUCCAGAGGAACGGGACACUUUUAUUUCUUGGAAUCCAAUUUUGUGGAUUUAGGAAAGAAGAUGAAGAUUUUAUACAUUUAUGCGUGUCAUGCAACGCAAAGUCCUGAAGUUUUUUCUCUUCAAGGUGCUUUCUUAUUCAUCAGGCAUACAUCUUAAGAAAACAUACCUCAUCUUCUAUUGUUAGGCACUUCUGGAAAUGUAGAAAUGUUAGAACAUUUAUCUGAAAUGAAUAUACCAUGCACGUCUUUUCUUACAAUUUAUCAUUUGUUUCCGAAGUAGCUUUCUACUGUAGGAGUAACUUCGUUUCAUAAAAAUGUUAUUCAAUA